AUGGUUAAUAAAAAUGUACUAGCAAUAUGUCUGAUGUUUCUAGUAGCAUCAAGUGUGGUGUACGAGGCGCAAGGAACGUUCUUGCUAAAGAUGUACUUGAGGAGGAAAUUCGUACGAAGGGCCACGGACUUUACACCAUUCGCAUGCAACGGUAUGUUACUUUUGACGAGUACACUUCGUCGUGGGUGUCCCGCGACUAGAGAGUUCAAGAAAUUCUUUUCACUCUUCACGUCUUACGUGAAAUUCAUCAGCAAUGCCUCGGCCACCACAUCGGAAAGCACCGAUACUCAGCUAACAACAAAAGUUGAUGCCCUCACAAAUGCUAUAUCUGUAUUGACUGGUGCUAAAAGCGGAUCGAAUUCAAAUUUUAGAGAGACCAUGCUGUCAAUGGGAAAGACUUUGAUGGAGCAGAAGAGGAGUAGUUCAGAGCGCAUGACACUUCAGCAAAAGAAAGUGUUGGUCGUGGCUAUGGUGCAAUGGGCUAAAACGGUAGUUACAUUGGUGAAAACAGCCGUGGAGACAGCAGGAAAGUCUAUCGAUGUAUCAAAUCUAGGGCUUGACGUGGAUGUUAACGCCGUUGUUGGAAGUGGAAGUAAUGAAAGCCCACAAAGCGGUUCCCCUGGCAGUAAUAGUGAUAGUGGGACUACAAGUGGAAGCCAAAACACCGAUUCCACUUCCACUGGAAGCAAUACUAAUUCAGGUUCAAUCACUUACGAUGACACUACCGGCGAAGGUUUAGGCAGUCCGAGUGGAAGUCCCACAGGCAGUGCAUGUGGCUCAACUCCUGCUAGUGCUGAAGUAUCUGAAAAUGAAAGCUCAAGUGCUAAGGGAGAUUCGUCUACUAUGACACAAUCCACCGGUACAACUACAAACAGCCCGAGUGGCACAACCACAGGGAGUCCAAGUGAAAGUCCCACGGACAGCCCGAGUGUACAACCACAGAAAGCCCUAGUGAAACAACUACAGAGAGCCCAGGUGGAAGUUCCACGGACAGCCCGAGUGGCACAACCACAGAGAGCCCGAGUGAAAAUCCCACGGACAGCCCGAGUGGCACAACCACGGGGAGCCCAAGUGAAAGUCCCACGGAUAGCCCGAGUGGUACAACCACAGAGAGCCCUAGUGAAACAACCACAGAGAGCCCCAAUGAAAGUUCCACGGACAGCCGAGUGCACAACCACAGAGAGCCCGAGUGAAAAUCCCACGGACAGCCCGAGUGGCACAACCACGGGGAGCCCAAGUGAAAGUCCCAUGGACAAAUCGAGUGGUACAACCACAGAGAGCCCUAGUGAAACAACCACAGAGAGCCCAAGUGAAAGUUCCACGGACAGCCCGAGUGGCACAACCACAGAGAGCCCGAAGAGCCCUAGUGAAACAACCACAGAGAGCCCAAGUGAAAGUUCCACGGACAGCCCGAGUGGCACAACCACAGAGAGCCCGAGUGAAAAUCCCACGGACAGCCCGAGUGGUACAACCACAGACAGCUCGAGUGGUACAACCACUGACAGCCCGAGUGGAAGUCCCACAGACAGUCCGAGUGGAAGUACCACGGACAGUCCGAGUGGAAGUCCCAUGGACAGCAAUUCUGGUACAACCACAGACAGCCUGACUGGUACAAACACGGAAAGCCCGAGUGGAAGUCCCGCAGACAGCUCUUCUGGUACAACUACGGGCAGCCCGAGUGAUACAACCACUGACAGCCCGAGUGGUACAACCACUGACAGUCCGAGUGGAAGUCCCACGGAUAUCCCGAGUGGAAGUUUUACGGACAGUACUGGUAUAACCACUGACAGUCCGAGUGGAAGUCCCACGGACAGCCCAAGUGAAAGUCCCACAGAUAGCCCUUCUGACUCAAAAUCUGCUAGUGGUGAAAACUCUGCCAAAGAAGUCGAAAUUCAAACAUCCAAAGAAGCAAGGUCGUUCAUUCAUGCCUUAGAGAAGAAGUACGCAGGAACAGUAGAACUCGAUACGUUCUUCGAGAAACUCAAGACUUCCAUGUCUGCUUCCACAAAGAUAUCUAACACUGACGAAAAACGUUUCGUUUCUAAAAUGAAUUCUGCUGUUAGUUCUGUGUCCGAAGCCGCAUCUACUGUUAGUUCAAAGUUAGCCAAAUCACCAGAGGCGAAGAGCCGCAUGAAAUCUUCCAAAGAACAAUUGAUGAAGACUUUCAAAGAACUAGAAGACCUUAACAGUAAAAUAGUGAGCGAAAAUAAAGGCAAAACAGUGUCGUCCACACAACACUCAGAGCUUAAACAGGCACUCAGUAAAUGGGAACAAGUCACCACCCAGUUUGUGGAGAAUCUUACCUCUUCAAGUUCUUCAUCUUCAUCUUCAUCUUCCUCUCAGUCUCAGAAAUCUCAACAGUCUAAACAAUCUCAUGAGUCUCAACAGUCUCAGCAGGGCAGUACCAUGAAGACUCAGACCAAUUGAUGCGACUCAAAUCAUCAAGAAAGACAAACUAGUACAGCCAUAUAUGAUAAUUAGUAACCAACUAGAGGUUUUUGUUUCUUUCAAUAAGACUAAUUAGAUCGGUGUAGGCAAGCAAUGUCUACCUAUAGACCGACGUAUGCAAAUAAUGUAUACUGUAUGCGCUCUCUCUGUGCUUUACAAAGAGAAGUAAGCGAGACACAAAAGGGAUUUUGAAUAGUUUUUUUUUUUGUGUUCCUACC